CCCCGGCCGCCGGGCCCCGCCGCCGCCGCCGCCCGCCGCCCGCCGCGCCAAUACCGUCCGGCCGCCGCGCCCCGCUUCCGGGGGGCGGGACAAGAUGGCGGCGGCGGGGACGGCGCUGCCGGUAACGGCCCUACCGGUGCCGCUGUCCGGCAGGUUCAAGGGAUCAUUUGCAUAUUUUACAAUCAAAGACAGACUGCCCCAGAUCCUCACAAGAACUAUUGAUACUCUGCAUCGACAUAAAAAUGAAUUCUUUGAAGAACAUGGUGAGAAGGGUGUUGAAGCAGAGAAGAGAGCUAUAUCUUUCCUUUCCAAAUUACGGAAUGAACUUCAAACAGACAAACCAGUGACUCCAUUAGAAGAUGAGCUGCCUGAUGCCAUGCUGUGGAACCAAUACCUUGACUACCAACGAAAUUUAUCAAAUGGAAAUGGAGGACCAAGUUGGUUUCAGUCUCCUUGGUUAUAUGUAGAGUGUUACAUGUAUCGAAGAAUUCAUGCAGCGUUAGCACAGAACCCACCUAUUGAUAACUUUGAUGUAUUUAAAGAAGGAAAGGCUCAAAAUUUCUUCGAAUCCCAAGGGGCUAUUAUUGCCUUAUGCACUUACUUUCAAGAACUGCUUAAAAACAUCAAAGAUCUAGAUGAGAAGCAACUUCAGGAGGAAUUUUUUAAGCUACUGCAGGUGUCAUUGUGGGGCAAUAAGUGUGACCUUUCUUUUUCAGCUGGUGAGGAAAGCUCUCAGAAAUCUAGUCUUCUACAAUGCCUGGAAGAUAUGGUACCUUUUAUCUUAGUGAAUGAUAUGGAAAAGCUUUGGUCACUACUUCAAAAUGCCAAAAAUAGAAAAACAGAUAAAUGUAAAGUUAGAGUUGAUAUAAUCCUGGAUAAUGCUGGAUUUGAACUUGUAAGUGAUUUUGUGUUAGCUGACUUCCUGUUAUCAUCAAAGCUAGCUGAUGAAGUUCAUUUCCGUGGAAAGAGUAUUCCAUGGUAUGUGUCAGAUACCACAAAGAAUGAUUUUAACUGGACUAUAAAACAGCUUCAGGCAGCUAAUCAUAUGUGGAUGUCUAGAUGUGGGAUUAACUGGGAGGGCAAUUUGAAAAAGGGCGUUUGGGUUUACCACGAUCACAUGUUUUGGACUUUGCCACAUGAUUUUUCCAGUAUGGCUGAGGUUGCUCCUGAUUUGUAUGCUGAUCUACAGAAGUCAAACUUGCUUCUUUUUAAAGGUGAUCUAAACUAUAGAAAAUUAACAGGAGAUAGAAAAUGGGAGCACACUGUUCCUUUUCAUCAGGCCUUGAACAAGUUUCAUCCUGCACCUCUCUGUAGUUUGAGAACACUGAAAUCUGACACGCAGGUUGGCCUGAAACCUGGACAAGCUGAACAAAUUCAGGCUUCUGAACCUGAAUGGAUGAUAAGUGGGAAAUAUGGGGUGGUUCAGUUUGAUCCUGCUCUCUGACUCCAGUUCCUAAUAUUCUGGCAGAUAGAUUUAGUCAAAGUUUUAACUUUGUUAAAAAGUUCAACUUUCUCUGUUCUAUGCUUGGCUUCAGCAAAUUUUUGUUCUUGUUUGCACUUUUUCUUCCAAACAAUUUGUUGUUGUUGUUCCACAAAAGACUUCUUGGUGUUCUGUAAAAGUUCACAGUUUACAUAAAUCACUGCAUUUCAACAUAUUUUGUGUUCCUAUUGUCCAAUGUCAGCAGAAGAUGUUUAAGGUGAACAUUUGGUUGUCCGUAAUUUUUUUUCUUCAUCAUUGAGUAUGAGGGUUUAUGCCUAACAAGUGAAAAAUCUGCUUUGGAAACAGUUUUCUCAACUGCAUCUUUGCAUGUAUUUACUCACUUCAGGAUAUUUUGUUCUCCAUGUGCCAUCAAUUGCAUGAAAGCUGAUGUUUUAGCAAAAGCACAAAUGAAUUAUUUUGCAUAUGGUCAUUGCAGGAACAUAUUUUAAAACUGCUUGAAAGAGUUUACUUCUACUUUUUACAUAAAUUGUUUUUUAUGUGCUGCUUGUGUCAAUUGACAAAGUACUUUCAUUGUUUUUUAAAUGGUUGUCUUAUUUGAAAAUAGCAGUACGUUAAGAGAAGAGUUUUGGGGUGAUAUCUGGUAAAUGUUGAAUCUAAAUUUUAAAAUUAAACUUAAAUUUCGAUUUUUAAAAUAGAAGUGGAUGUUGCUAACCAUUUUGCUUGGAAGAGGGGAGUUAUCCCAUCUGGUAGUAGGAAAAUGGACAAUUCCAUUUUAAGAGUGGGGAAGGUUUUAUUUAUCUAAGAAUCUCUACCAAAAACAACAAAACACAGUUACCUUGCUAACUGGAUUUUAGAUUUAAUAAAGACUUGAACUGAAGGUGGCCUGUUCACCACCAGUGUUGGUGGUUCAAGUAUUGCUGCCUCUUUCAAUUGUCAACAUUGUCAAAUAUAGUGCUUUGUAUUUUUUUAAGAAGGAUGCCACAUUUUUUAUGGGGGAAAUAUAACCCCAGUUGCACUGAGAAGUACAAUAUAUACUAAAGAUACACAUGCCAUAUAGGUUGCUGCUAAUUAGAGUUGUGUCCCAUUUUCUUUUCCUCCAACCCAGUCUCAGUUUACCUCACUCAGAAGCUGGGGGAAAAUUUGGAAUAUUUUAGUGAUUUUUUUUUUUUCAGAGUGACAUGAAAGGGAAAAUGCAGUAUCUGUUUCUAAAGGAAAAAUUAAAAAUAGAUUCUAUUGUCUUAUUUUAGUUGUUUGAAAUAGGGCCUUUUUGGAGGGCUGAUAUGAUGGCAGUGAUAACUGCAGGUUUGUUAGAAAAUAGCAAAAUUUCUCAUAGCAUCUGUCUUUCUGUCUGUGCUGCUGUCUGGAGCUGCUAAAAUGAGUAGAACUUGCUGCUGGUAACUGGGGUCGUUAUGUUACAGAGAACAGGAGUAACCCACAGGUAGAGAAGCUUCAUCUUCUAUUUUAUAGAUACAGUGAAAUCUUACACAACAAAAAGGAGGACACUGUAGUGGCCUUACUUAGCUGCAUUCUGGAACUGAAGAAACAUGUGCUCUAACAAAGGAAUUAGAAUGGCUGGAUGGUGGAAGGUGGACUAAAAGCGACUUCUGCACUUAACAGUUAACCUAAGACAAGAGUAAACUUUGGUAGGUCUAAAGCUAUUUUAGCCUUUGAAAAUGAAGCUGGAAUCCCUUCUGGUCAGUGAAAUCACUGGCAAAAAAAUGUCUCGUUUCCCAUUCUGACAUGCAGAGAAUCAGUUGGUGCUAUGAGAUACUGUGUUCUUAUAAUAAAGAUCAAUAUAAUGGAUAAACGCACUCCAGUUGCUGAUGACUUUGGUUAUUUGUGUUUGUGUUCUUCUUUCUUUUCACUUCUGAAAGUAUAUUCAUAUUUCAAAGUUGCAAGGUCAAAUAUUCAAAAACUAAAAUGCUAGGAAUUUCAGGAGGCAAUACAAUACUAAAUACUGGUGGGAUUCUAGUUUUGGGACCUGAACUUAGUCAUUUCCUUUGUAUCUCUGGCUUACUACAUCUAAAGGAUGAAUUCAUGUCCAUCCCCAACCAUUUGAAUAACUGUAAGUUAGAAAUCCAGUCGAGAGCUAAAGGUCAGAUGGACUGUCUCUGUCCGGAGAGAGCUCAGGGAGGCUCCAGAUGUGGUGCUUUGAUCAAAUACAUAAAUGGUAUGAUGAGUCUGGGCACUGGAGCCCCAGUUUCUCAUCUUUGAAAAUGCUGUUAACUUGUUUCAAAUGCACUUUGAAGCAACAGCUUUGGGUCAAGAGCAGAGAGGUGGAUGUUGUGGAAUAGGUGCACUGAAAACUUCCUGCCUAGUCCAAGGAAGCAAAAUAAUUAGCAGAAAGAACCUGAUCUUCUCUGGAUGGAUGAUUUUUGAGGUGCUCACUUAAGCUGCUGGAGAGGUUUGAAAGUUGUAACUCAUUUUGCAGUCUAUUAAGUCAGCAUGUCUUUUACCCCUCACAAAGGAAAGUUUUGUAAUUAUUAGCGUGACAACCUAAUUACAUCAAGAAUACACAUACAUAACUUCCAGAUACCUAAUUGCUUGGCUUCUAUAGCUGUAACUGCAACGUGUCAUUUACAGACAGGAUGGAAUAUGCAUUACACUUUUCCAUUUGUUGGUUGCCUGUUACAAAAAGUUUACAAAAAGUAAAAUUCAGAUUUCCAAUAGAGAAAAGAAGCGAUGCUGAAAUGCCGGUGUUAUAUUCUCCCGUGCUACAAGGUAGGAGCAGGACUGGUACUCUAUAGGUUAUAGGUUAGUUGAAAAUAGUGUAUACAUUUAGGAAGUGCUUUCCGAGGUAUUCAGCAUUAACUACUUGUGUAAGUACAGCUUCAUGAAAGGGAAACCUGUGCCUACUUCAUUCAGGUGGAAUAUACUGUUAUUAGACAGCAUAAAGCAUGUGUUACAACAAUAGCAUACGUUAUAGCAUAAUUAUUUUCUUGAUUGUCCAGGAAAGUUGCUUCUGUACAUCAGUUAUAACUAAUUGCCCAAAAUGCUUCUACAACAUACCCCAGGAGCUACUAAUAUGUAUACCCAAAUUCUUGAGGUUUUCCUUUCAUGUGCCAUUUGAGUAUUUAUAGCAGAAAUAAGGGCAUUUUCAGUAAUUCCAAGGACCACCACAGACCAAUGUCUUUUGACACAUUUUUUUUUUUUGUGUGUGUGCUACCUCUUGAGGAACUGUAUUUGUAAAUCAGUUCUUGAGAGAUAACAAUGACUUCCAUCUGUGAUGAAACAGUGGGAAAAUUAGGGUCACUGGCACAGCAAAAGUCAGUAUAAAAACCAAGUACUUCAUAAUUGGUUAGGUAAGAUAUGUACAACAAGUCUAUGUAUUUGAGGCUGUAAGAUGAGCUGUUAUAAAAUAAACUGAUCUAGAAAAUAAGUUGAUGGUAUGACUGGAAACUGAUUUAAGAAUAUUGAAAUAAAUGAUAUACUUCUGUGCAAAAGUU